UUAUCAACCAAUAUCGAGAGUUUACGUAUUUUCGAUAUAGGUAUAGGUAUUUCUUUUCAUUCGCGUACAAGUAUCGAAUAUUUUCACGAAACAAUGCCCGUGGUUUAUACAUUCAUUACGAUUUAGUCUUUAAUCUUAAAAUACYUACACGCGUCACGCUAUUAUGUCAUUAUAAAAACAGUAUUCUUUAAGAAAAAAAACCUAAAACAAAAACUAUCGUCGUCGAUCAUCUAUUAUAUGAUAGACAGGGCGCUGAUGACCCGUGCAGGAGAGCUGCAUAAUUCAUCAAUACUUUAAUAUAGGUAUAUACAUAUACUUACUUCAGCUGCAUCAUGCAAGUCAGACUCGUCGUUGGAUUGACGCUGUUGCUAGCGACGUCGGCGGUGCUAUUGAAAAUGUAYUUGCUGAAGUACAACCAAGACUUUAGAAACUUAGUAUCGGAAAUCACUAAAAGCUUACAGGAUGACCUGCUGCACUUGGUUACCGAAUACGUCGACGAUGAGAUUGAAUCACCGGAAGAUCAAGAAAUUCCAGAAAAUUUAAUUCGAAAUUUUAGACCACCUCACUUAAAAUUCGGAAUUGGAAACGUGGUAUUGAUACAUACUAUGAACCCUGGUGUUAUCAUUGGAUGGGACAUUGAUAUGACGGAUCUCACUAAAGAACCAGAAUACCUAAUUUUAGCAGAACCUCAUAAAUUGAUCAAAUUAGAYCAAGAUAAAAUUGUAGUCCAACUGGAACACAUUAAGGUCAACCACAAAAUGAUAGACCAAUAUUUUGAAAGUUUUGAUGGAACUGUAUACAUUCCAAAUAAAUCACUAAGAAAAAUGUACCCAAAAGAUUAAAUCCACUUUCAAUCAAGAACUGUACAAAUUAAUUGGCAUUUAGUAAUAUAAGCAAAAAUUACCAUGACAAAWUAGAUAAGUAUCAUCUAAGUUGUACUAAUUUUUGCAGUAUGCGCAUCUCCUUUACCUCCGGCCAAUGACAUAGUUUUCCAUUUCCAAUUGGUUGAUUUUGUUUACCAUAUUAUCAUUAGAUGUUAUUUACUUAUUAUCGAAUUUCAGUUUUUGUGUUCACAGUAAUUAUUAUGAAUUAUAUUUAUUUUAUAAUGUAUUAGGCAUUUAGGUAAUUCAAUAUAAUAUUAAAAAACAACAAUCAAUUUAAAGUUUAAACAAUCUAUAUACUUAACUACAUAAACAUAACCAAUAAAUWAAAAUAAUUUCUUUAAUUUUUACUUGGUUAUUUG